CUGACCAACCUCCUGUCCCCCGCAGGGUGAGCUCGGACCGGAGGAAGGAGAAGUCCAGGGAUGCAGCGCGGAGCCGGCGUGGGAAGGAGUCUGAGGUUUUCUACGAGCUGGCCCAGGAGCUGCCCCUGCCCCACAGCGUCAGCUCCAGCCUGGACAAGGCCUCCAUCAUGAGGCUCAUCAUCAGCUACCUGCGCAUGUCUCUCUCUCUCUCUGCAGUUUGACCUGACUGGAUACAGUGUGUUUGACUUCAUUCAUCCCUGUGACCAGGAAGAGCUGAGGGAGAUGCUGGUGCACAAAACAGGCUCUAAAAAGACCAAGGAACCAAACACAGCACGCAGCUUCUUCCUCCGAAUGAAAUGCACUCUCACAAGCAGGGGCCGCACUGUGAAUGUCAAAUCAGCUGCAUGGAAGGUGCUCCACUGCUCUGGUCAUGUCCGUGUGUAUGACGGCUGCACUGAGGAGACUCCCAACGGGCACAAGGAGCCCACAGUCCCCUACCUGGUUCUGAUCUGCGACCCCAUCCAACACCCCUCCAACAUCGAGGUCCCUCUGGACACCAAGACAUUUCUCAGCCGCCACACAAUGGACAUGAAGUUCACCUAUUGUGACGAGAGGAUCACUGAGCUGAUGGGUUAUGACCCGGACGACCUGUUGAACCGCUCUGUGUAUGAGUACUAUCACGCUAUGGACUCAGACCAUCUUACCAAGACUCACCACAACUUGUUUGCAAAGGGCCAGGUAAGCACAGGCCAGUACCGGAUGUUGGCUAAAAGAGGCGGCUUUGUGUGGGUGGAAACACAAGCCACUGUCAUCUACAACAACAAGAACUCUCAGCCACAGUGCAUCGUCUGCCUCAACUUUGUGCUCAGUGGCAUCCAGGACGAGAAACUGGUCCUGUCUCUGGAGCAGAUGGAGGAUGUGAAGCCAGUGGACCAGGAGGAGGAGGAGGAGCAGCAGGAGGAAGUGAAGGCUGUGGUGGAGAUCAGGGAGUUGGACAUGUCCCCAGCCCUGAAGGAGGUGGAGGAGAAAGGCCCAGAGCUGGAUGUGAUCAAACUGUUCACUCAGGCGGCAGAGGCCCAGCCGUUUGUGAGCCUGUACGACCAGCUGAAGGAGGAGCCGGAGGCCCUCAACCUGCUGGCCCCGGCUGCCGGAGACGCCAUCAUCUCCCUGGACUUCAGCUGCCCUGGUUCGUGGCCUCAUUUACACACAAACACACUCUAACCCCUCGUCCACACC